AUGUCAUCUUCACGCCUACCCGGCCCAACCAAUCCCCCAACCUCGUCUUCCAAGGACGAUUGGAACUCGGAGGAUCCAACCACUGAUGGCUCGAAAUCCACAGAGGCGGGUCCCUCAAACACCAAUGUCGGGCCCAAGGAAAUUUCUUUCGUCUACACGAGCCCGACUCCAAGCCCAGAUAGCUGGGGUUAUGUCGGGGCUUCACCUGAUGCGGACGAUGCAAACAGUCUGAGCAAGUCAAAGGGUAAACAGCCUGCCAAGCGCACUGAACCCGCCAACACCUCAGCCAAACCACCCAAAUCAGGCAAACGAGUUAGGUUUGACCCAAUCGCAAACCCUCUAGACGAUCUCCAACAGUUCAAAGACAAGGGCGUUGGCAUCUUUUUGGUUGUUUCCAGGCCUUCCAAGGGACACUUCUACCAGUGGUCCAUUGCGCUGUACAACAGGGUCGACGAGUCGUGGAGGAUCAUCGAGGCUUUCCAGGACCCUAUCCAAGGCGCAUACGAGCCAGUCUGGAUCACUCAUAGCGAUGACCCAAGAUCGUUGGAAGGCUACGUCGUAAUGCAGCUCUUGGCACACGUUCGAGGAUCCUCUCUUAACGACCUCAUGUACGUUGCUCUAAAGAUCCAGGAGCGCGCUGAGCGUGACACUGGUCUCAAUAGUCAGGGUUACGUUACCGAAUACGGGCACUGGUUGAGAUUCCAUAAUUAUUGCACAGAGCAAGACAUGAAUGCAAUCUGGCAACUCUUGCAUCCCUAUUAUGGCGACCAAAACAAGGAUAUCGGCCACGGGAAUUGA